UUGUUGUUCGCGUAACCCUGACUUUUGACAAUUCUUUUACGUCAGCUUUCAUUUCCGUAUAGGUCAUUGAAUAGCAUCGUUGCGACACGACAACAAGAAAAAUGGCCAAAACUAAGGGCGAGAAAAUCAACAAAUCUGCCAUCAAUGAGGUAGUGACCCGCGAGUGCACCAUCCAUUUGGCCAAGCGUGUGCACAACAUUGGAUUCAAGAAGCGCGCCCCACGCGCCAUCAAGGAAAUCCGCAAGUUUGCCGAGCGUGAGAUGGGCACCAAUGAUGUGAGAAUUGAUACACGUCUUAACAAGCACAUCUGGUCCAAGGGUAUCAGAUCCACACCAUUCCGUGUGCGUGUCCGUUUGGCGCGUCGUCGCAACGAUGAUGAGGAUUCCCCCAACAAAUUGUACACCUAUGUGACAUAUGUGGCGGUGCCCACCUUCAAGAACCUGCAAACUGAGAAUGUUGAAUCCAGCGACGAUUAAACACAUCCCCCCAAAAACACAGUUAUUGAAAUUUGCAUUCAAUAAAAAGUAAAUUUUUAUUUAGAAAAACAAACAAGAAAUAACAAUAACAACUGGAGGAAAAGUUAACAAGAA